AUGUCAUCAUCGACUGAAGUACAGGAUUGGAAAUGUCGUGAAUGUGGCUUCACAAAUAAAGAUAGUGACAAUGCAUGUGAUACGUGCGGCACUCAUAAACCAAUGCAUCCGAGCCUUGAAACACGCCGAAGUUACUCUGAGAGGCGUCUUUCGUCAUCAUCAUCUGAUAGACGCAGUCCUUCUCCAGAAGACGAAUACAUAUAUAGUAGAGCAGAUUCAAGAAGUUCUUCACGAGUUCGUCAACGUAGUUCAAGUCGUGAACUAUCGCCAGCAAAAAAUGACUUGCCCGACAAAGAAAACUCUUACCCUUAUUCAUCAACUGUAUCGAGAAGUCGUCGAAAGUCUUCCAAUUCAUAUUCAUCGGAUGAUAAUCGAUAUCAAUCUUCAGAAAAAAAGACAAAACAAAGAGAACCAUCUGAACGUUCAACCCACGGACAAUCGCCAACAAAAGAAACUCUCUCGUCAACUAGGUACGAUAGAAAACUUCCAGAAGAUGACUACAAGUAUGUAGACAAGAAGUCUGCAUCCGAUCCAGCAUCGAGUGGUACUCAAAACGACCAGCAUGAGAAAAGUGGCAGUAGACUUCAUUCAAAAUUGCGUUCCUCACCAACGCAAUCAGAUAAUGUUUGGAGCACUGCUUCGAGUAGGCAAGAAUUGACUCAUCCUGAAUAUGGUUCAGGAGAAGAAAAAUCAUCAGUACAAUCGACUACAGCAUAUUCAUCUUCAUCGAAAAAUAAAAGUGAUACUCAUGACUUAACAAGUUAUUCUGGUUUGAAAUUUGAUUCCUCAGUGGAUGUUAAACAGGAUGAACGUCGAACAAAGACAUCAAACCAAAAUCUUUCUUCGAAAGGAUCUUCAAAACAACAUUCAUCUCGUUCACCUUCUCUAUCAGAUGAUAAGAAAGGAUCAUCUUCAUUUUCAUAUAAAGACAAUCAUCAUCAAUCAACAGGAACAGCUGCGAAACAAAUGAAAUCACCUACAAGUCCAUCAUCGCCAACAAGGUCGAAUCGAGAUAAACCUAUCGCUGUUUAUGUACCUGAUUUGCCAGCGAACAUCGAUAGUGAACAAUUACUCGAAAAUAUCAUUCGUCAAUGUUUAGAACUUAAACAUAAACAAAAAGUACUCAAUGUUAAAUGUGAUACAGAAUUAGGCAUUGGCAUCGUCUAUGUGCUCAAUGAUGAAGAUAAAAAUAAUUUGGUCAAUAUCAUCGAAAAAAUUAUAAUUGAACCGUCCAAAAAUACAACAGUAUCCUUUGUAGAUGAACUCGAGCUUAUCUCAUACAUUGUCAUCGACGGUAAGGAUACAAAAAAUCUUCCAUUGGCUAAUGAGGUAUGUCAACGAUGGGCUCAUCUGUGUAAGAUGCAAUCCCAACCACAAUGUGAACGAUUGUCUGCUCAAUUUCCUAAUAUCUUUCGAAUAGUGACGCAUUCAUUAAGUGAACUACUCACAUCUACGUCAAUUAGAGAAUUCUCAAUCAAUAAUUGCUUUGCAACUGUUUAUUGUCGAGCUGACUGUAGUUUCUUUGAAGAUUUACCACGAACGACAAAUUUGGAUCGAUUGAAAGAAGCUAUUAGCAGGUUAAUUUCUGAUAAAUACAUGUCAAAAGAAUCAAUACAUAUUCAAUAUAACAAAGACGGUGCCAAUGCUGUUGUAAUAACAUCAGGUAGAGCUCGAAUAUGGACACUACAUAGUUCAAUUCUGUUAGAUGGACGAGUUAUUAUGAAAAAAGAUAGUCUUGCUUGUCGCCUCUUGAUACGAUCCGUGCCUAAAAGCCUAUCGAUAUCGCUCAUUCGAGAUCAUAAAAUGUUUGCUGAUACUGUUAUUAAAGCAUUACCCAGUCAUGAACAUGUCAUUCUCGAACUUUCGGAUAAAAGUAUUUAUGAUAAAUGCAUUGAUCAAGGUGCCUUACGUAUUGGUGACCAUGUAUUGGGUAUUGAAGCUUAUACAUUUGCAAGUAAUCCUGAAGAUAGUGAAAUCGAUGCCGAAAAUUGGUAUGAAACAGAAAUGUGCGAUCAUAAACCCGACAUCAUGCCAUUUAUUUCUAAUCCUCAGCAUCAUAUAUUUCUAUUUAAAUGGAAUUCAAAAGCAUUUUUAGAACAAUUUCGUCGUUGGACAUCGAAUGACCGUAAAAUUGAUGGAAAAGAUGGAGAUAAACAGGAAAAAUUAUGCAACCUUAAACGUCAUCUAUUACGAAUGACAGUCAUGUUAAAUACAAUUGGUGUAGUAAAAAGAGGUUUUUAUCGUAUUGGUGAAAAAGAAAUCAAAUUAAAAUCGGAUCGAAUAAAAACAAUUCUCUAUGACCAUAAAUCAAAAUUGCAACGUGGUAAGACAGCUUCAUUGUCACAUGCAACAGAAUCUCCCUAUCCAUCGACAUCAGUUAGAGUAGUCAAUGAAGAUUGUUUGAUUGUUUACAAGAGUUUAGUAAGCAAAGGCUGUCGACCAGUUCUUCUCAAUAUGGCCAAUGCGAAUAGUCCAGGUGGUGGCUACAAACGAGGUGAUGGAGCUCAAGAAGAGACACUUUUUCGUCGUUCGAAUUAUUUUCAAAGUCUCGAUCUUGAAUUAGAUGAUGGAAAACCAACAGCACGCUUCUAUUGCAAUUCGAAUUGUGAACUCGAACCUUUAUCCGACCGUGAUGCACUAUAUCCAAUGGAUGACUUUGGGGCAAUUUAUACAUCGGGAUUGACAGCUUUUCGGCAACCUGAAGAUACUGGCUAUACUUUCAUGGAAAUACCUAUGUACGAUGUAUGUGCUAUUGCAAUGGCUGCCUAUCGUGAUCCAAAAAUUGAGAAUGAUCUUCUCGCUUCAAAAUAUUCUAUUGGUACACGAAAAAAAAUUGAAAAUAUAUUUGCUAUUGCGCAUCAUCAAAAACAUGAUAGUCUUGUCCUAUCUGCUCUUGGUUGUGGUGCGUUUAGAAAUCCGCCAAAGCAUGUUGCAGCAAUAUUCAAAUCAGUUAUUGAACAAUAUGCUGGAUACUUCAAAUACAUCUAUUUUGCUAUUGUUGAUGAUCAUAAUACUGGUCAGGAUCUUAAUCCAAUUGGAAAUUUUAGUCCUUUUAGAGAAUUGCUUGAUAAUUUAAACGAAGAACCAAAACGACAUAAGCUUGUCGACAUGAUGAUUGGACCUUGGCGAAUUUUAAAUCAAACAACUGUUAAAGAAGUAACAUUAAGUGAUAUUAGAAUUUGUUAUUUGGAGCCAUGCUUUUAUGGAGGAAAAUGUAAUGACUUGAAAAAUGAACAGCAUUGUCGUGAAUAUUCACAUCCAUCUUUAUGCCCAAACGCAGAUAAUAGGACACCAUGUAAACAAAAAACUGAUAGCCAACAUACGCUUUGGUUCAGACAUCGUCAAAAAUGUUCGUAUGGUGGUGAAUGUGAAUUAAUUGAAAAUGAUAUAAUGCAUUCAAAUGAAUUUGAGCAUCCUGAAUUUUGUCGUGAUCGUGGUCGUUGUGACAACAUGGAUAAUGAACAUCUUAAAGCUUAUCGGCAUGUGCCACUAUGUAAACAUCGUCGUCAAUGUAUUGAUUAUAAUCGUGGAUCAAAUGAGCACUGUCUAAAUUAUCGUCAUUGUAUUCCAAUGUGUCGUUUUAGUCAUUUUUGUGUAAGAUUUCAUGACGAAAAACAUUUAAGCGAAGAAAAUCAUCCAUUUCCACCACCAUGUCAAUUUACUCCAUUUCAUUGUCGACAAUAUAAUAGCUUAUGUGAAACAAAAAAUAUCAAAAAAUUACCAGUUGAUAUUCAAAACCAUUGUCUAAAAUAUUCACAUGUAUGUCGAUAUGGUCGACAAUGUCAAGAAACAUCAGAUAUACAUUGGAAAACCACAAUUCAUAUUGCCCGUAACAUCUGUUCAUUGGGUAGUAAAUGUAAAAAACUAAAUCAAGAUGAUCAUUUAAAUUCUUUCUCACAUCCAGAUAUCGCUGAUAUUCGUCUUUUAUGCCCUAACCAAGCUUAUGACUGUAAAGAUAGACGAAAACCAGAACAUAUAAUAAUAUAUCGGCAUCAUGGAAACCAUGAUCGUAGUGGUGUUAUUGGCUGUUUUGGACAGAACAAAGAGAUUAAUUUCAUUGAAAAUCAAAGAAAAAUUGUUCAAGCACUAAAUGAUUAUGCUAAAGGUUUAAAUUCAAAACAUCGAUUAUCAAUUCCAUCCGAAAUUCAAAAAUGGAUUAAAGGUUUACAACCAAUUCAUCGAUGUUCAAAAGUCAUUUUUGAAUCGAUACUCGUUCAUGGUCAUGUCAUGUCUCGUGAUCAUAUGGAACAUUUAAAAAAAUCUUCUUUUGCAGCUCAAGCUGUUCAAGAACAUAAACGCGUGCGUGCAAUUUUUGAUCGUUAUAAAAUGUCAACAAUUGAAGAUCAUGCUAAAGAAUACAUUCGAGCCAUUGUUUCUUCGGUGUACAGUAAAAAAUACAGUGCAGGUGCAACAGUCGGAACAGGUACCAGUAGUUCAUCAACGACAACUGAAUCUGAUGAUUAUGAUGAUACUAUACGUAAAAAAGAAAGAAUCUUUCAAAGUUUGAUAAAGCUGGAAGAAGUUGACACAAUAAAAAAAUGCGCCAUUGAUGUUGCUGAAGCCUCGUGGAAUCUUCAUAAUGCUCCGUCUGGUAUUGGAUAUCCGACUGAUAAAUUAUUAGGUACUGACAAGCAUGUUUUCAGUAUUCUCGGACCACACCUUGGUCAUUAUUAUGGAGAUAUAUUUUUUGUGUUUAAAAGUGAAAUAAUGCUUCAUCCAGAUGCCAACUUCUCUCCUCAAGCAGCAACAUCAUUUGCAAGUGGAAGUACAUUUUCGCAUCGACCAUGGUUCAAAGAUCCGAGUGCAGAAGCAGAGAGAAUAAAAUGUUUUCAUCAAUCCAAAUUACAUUGUUCUGUACCAGGAUAUGAAUAUGCAGCGGCAGCGGAACUAAUGGCUGUAUCAGGAUUACAGAAGAAAACGAUAGAUGUUGAUUUGAAAGACAUUAUAAAUCGUUGGAAAAAAGUUGAUUCGCAUCAGGUAUUUGAGGCCCAUCUACCUCGAUUGGUUCCUCUUGAUUAUAUCGAAGAAGUAUACAUACCAAAAAAUCUGUUCAGUUCAUUGACUCCGGCAGCUCAAGAAUCAGCAAAAAAAGUAUUUCGUGAUGCACUUCAUAUUACAAACCAUGAAAUUAAUCUUACUGCUACUGGUGGUGGAAGUUCACAUCCAUCGGAUAAGAGUCGUUCUGAGUAUCAAGAUUUUGUGACAAGUGCACUAAUACAAAAAUUUGAAAAACAAAAAGAACGUGGAAGACGUUUUCGUGGCACUAUGCUUACUUUAGCACCAAGUCAAUUUACAGAUCACAUUGUUUUACCAUUAACGAUAAGUGAAGCUCAUGAUCAAUAUCUUCGAACACAUAAGCAAAGUUCGGAUUCUGAUGAUACAUAUAUUUAUUGGGAAACAAUGUACGGUGAUAUGAUGAUUACUCUUUCAGAUGAACCAAUUAAUCCCGAUAAGAGUCAACCACAUAUUCGAUGUCUUGUUUGUUAUAUCGCUGAGAGACCAUCCACAACAACAACCACUUAUAGUGAAUCAUAUUCGUAUUUAAAUGCAGGCGAACCAUAUCGACAUGGUGUUAUUAAGACUACUGGUAAAUGCUCAAGUAGUUCACGUUCAUUUCAUCGCGGAUGCAAUAUUGAAAACUUUUUAACAUAUUGUCUGAAAAUUGAGAAGAAAACAGGUCAAGUAACACUGUCACAUGCUGGACCGAAUAGUAUUUAUUGUUACGAAACGAUAAUGUGUAAAUUUUCGAAAGCGACUCUUGACUUCAGCAAAUUAAAAUACGUUCAUGUAAGUGCUGGUUCAUACAAAGUACCUAUCCGAAAUUUAAUUAUUAGUUUUGAACAAAAUUCCGAUUUACAUCCAUCAUUUGAUAGAAAUUUUAAAAGAGGCGAUGAUGCUUUUUCUCGUAGAAAAAAGUCUCAUAGUCGUGAUCGCUCGUCAUCACCCACAACUCCACAAUCGCCUCGUAACAAAUCUCCAUCUUUUCUGAAUAAAGCUAAAGGUGCUGUUCUUGGCUUAUUUGGUUACGGUGCCGAUGAUAAAAAGAUUGAAUCGUGCCCUUAUUCGAUCAAUUGUGUAUUACAAGAAUCGUCGAAACAUAUGAAAGAAUAUUCUCAUCCUUGUCCAUACUCUGAACUUUGCCAUAGUAAAGAUAAAGAACCUUAUCUAACUCAUGAACCGCACAACGUAGAGCAAUGCUCAUUGAAGAAUUCGUGUAAAAAACUUGAUGAUCCUCUUCAUCGAGCGAAGUAUCGACAUCCAGGCUAUCCUGACUUCCUUAUUCCAUGCCUUUCUGGAUCGAAUUGUCGUGAUAAAACAUUGGAUCAUCGAACAAAAUAUUCACAUGGUGAGCAUGUAGAAAUAGGACGUGAUAAAAUCCAUGAAACACCCCAGAAAUCGUCGUCGAAACUUCGUUCUGAGUAUCAAGAAAAAGAAUCUGAUCGUGAAGAAAAAAGGGACCAACGAACUGUAUGUCGGUAUGGAUCAGAGUGUCAUGAUCAGAAUAACUCGAAUCAUUGUUCAAAAUACUCACAUCCUCGUGAACGCAGAGCUAAACCUUCAGCUAGUUCAAGUCAUGAACGAACACCAUGUCGCUAUGGUCUCAACUGUAGGGAUACAAAUGAUUCUCGACAUUGUUCUAAAUAUUCACAUCCAGAUGAACAUAGAUCUUCAUCUUCAGCUAGCUCAAGUCAUGAACGAAUAUCUUGUCGCUAUGGACGCGAUUGCCGCGAUAAAAAUGAUCGUCAACAUUGUUCAAAGUAUUCACAUCCAGGUGAUGAACGAAGUAGAGACCAUAGAAGUUCUGACCAUGAUAAAAUACCAUGUAAAUUUGGUGACAAAUGUCAUGAUACGGAUUCUCAUCAUCGGUCUAAAUAUUCUCAUUCAAACAAAAAAUAG